AUUAACCGGAACCACUAAAUCUAAACAUAAUCAAUUAAUGAUUAACGUUUAACGUUACAGUGAUUUACAGUAACGUCCGUCAGGAGAAGCUUUCCGUCAGACCGAAAUGGUAGCGCGGUCCCUUUAAGAAAUACAAAACAAUAGUUUACUUCCUGUAUGUUAGCACUAGCAUUGAUCUGCUAUAAGCGUGGAUCAAUUAUGACUAUAAUAAUCAAAUAAAUAAUUAAGUAAAUGGUUUAAAGAAUAUGUAAAAGUGUUAAUGACAUUACAAAAGAGACGUGAGGGUGUCAUACAUUUUUUGUUAAUUUUUUUUAAGUGUUUUGCGACAACAUGAUGUUAAGGGGAAAAAGAAAGAUGCUAGCAUUGACAACGUUAGCAGCAGCACCCGAGCAAGCAGUAAAUAAACAUGAAAACCGGACGGAUUUGACACUGAAGGUGUCACCCGCGAAGCUGAAGAAGUGUGAAAAUGCUCAAAGUGCUGAGACGGAGCAAAGCAAUUAUUUAACCAAGAGUGACCUGCAGCACAAACUGGCAGAGGAUUUUUUCAACCAGUCCUGCAUCAGUUUGGCUAAAGCAUUCCUCGGCAAGGUGUUGGUCCGCAGGUGUGCAGAUGGUACUGAGCUGCGAGGGAGAAUAGUAGAAACUGAAGCCUACCUUGGAGGGGAGGACAAAGCAUCACACUCAGCAGGAGGCAAACGCACUGAGAGGAAUACAGCCAUGUUCAUGAAGCCUGGCACAAUCUAUGUGUAUACAAUCUAUGGCAUCUACCUUUGUAUGAACGUGUCUAGUGAAGGGGAGGGUGCUGCCGUGCUGCUGCGCUCCCUUGAGCCCCUGCAAGGGCAGCCCGUCAUGAGGCAGCUGAGGGCAGCCAGACGCAAAGAGGGAGCCCGACAACUUAAGGACAAAGAGCUCUGCAACGGCCCUUCAAAGCUGUGCCAGGCUCUAAAUAUACCCCGCUGUUUUGACCGUCGAGACCUAGCCUCAGACCCAGAGGUGUGGCUGGAAAAGGACCCCCACACAAAUCCAGUAGAACCCCACGAUAUAGUAUCAGCACCACGCAUUGGAAUCGAGUCCCAUGGGGAAUGGGCCAAGAAGCCCUGGCGUUUUUAUCUUCAUGGGCACCCCUGUGUUAGUGUAGUGAACAAAGAGGCAGAAAGACAGUCUCUGUCUGGAAAUGUAAUGAACAAUUUAGGUCCCUCAGAUGUGCAGUCUGACACAGGACAGCACAAUGUCAAAAGGACAUAACAGGAAUAUUCCUAAAACUACUCUGCCAUCUGUUCCCUUUGUGGACUUCACCAUUUAGGCACUAUAAAAACGUAAAAAGAAAGUCAAGGUGGUAGAAUAACCAUAUGACUGGUUGAAUGUCUGAAUGCGAAUCUGAAUAAAUUAUACAAAAUGUUUUUUCA